AUGACAAUGUUCAACAAUUGCUACACGUACAACCCUCCUGAGUACGGGGUUUAUAUGAUGGCGAAGAACCUGGAACAGUAUAUUCUCACCAAGCUCGCAACGAUGCCCCCUGAAGAUUUUGAGUCCAUUUUUUCCAACUGCUACAAAUUCAACCAAAAUGAAGACGAUGUAUCACUUAUGUGCAAGAAUGUGGAAAAUUUGUACAGAGAAAAAAUGAAACUACUGCCGCCUCAGGAAGUGGAAAUACCACGCCCAACAACUAAGCGAACUGCUGGUAAGUCGAAGAAGUCAACUACUCGUAUUGCAAUCGUUAAAGGAGGGAGCCGUGAAUCGUCUGCAUCUGUACAACGUGGGGUUGCCGAUAGCUCAUCGAUUUUGGAUGCUGCAGCAAAUGGAGGCAUUCAUGCUUCUGCAUCAGCUUCUGUAGACGACGUUCAUCCAACGUCAUCGCAGGCACCUGUUCAGCCCGUUCUUCCUUCGAAGGUUCAGAAAGGCGUCAAGCGGAAGGCAGAUACAACGACAUCAUUUGGUGAUGAUGUUGUAACUGCUAAAAUUGCAACUCGUCGAGAAUCUGGCCGGCCACCUAAGAAGCCGAACUACUUCAUUGAUUACAAUCAGUUGAAGCCGCGUUUUAAAGGAAAACAAACUGAACAGAUGAAAUUUUGUCAACGCCUUGUCAAUGAACUAUUUACAAAGAAGUGUAAGUCGUUUACUUGGCCGUUUCUCGAACCCGUGGAUGUCGAAGGUUUGAAAUUGGAAGAUUACUAUGAUAUAGUGAAGAAUCCAAUGGAUUUGGGAACGAUUAGGAGGAAAUUGGAUGCUAAGCAAUAUGCCACACCAGAAGAGCUGCGGGCUGAUGUUAUCUUGGUUUGCGAGAACUGCUACAAGUAUAAUCCAACAUCAGAUCCUAUCCAUCAGCAUGGUCGAGCUCUUCAGAAGUAUUUCGAAGACAAAUGGCGCCAAAUGCCUGAAGAACCAUUAGUGGUUGAUGAAGGGACAACAUCGGCAGCAGCAGCACAGGUGGUGACAGCAGCGAUCCCUACACCAAUGAGUCACACCACGCCACCAGCCCAUACGGUCACAUCUGCUUCUGCAAUAGUCAAGGAUGAAUCAAUGGUGUCUGGUCUUCCCCUUGUGCCACUGGAUGUUUCUUCAGGUGUUAUUGACAGUGAUGAACAUAUUGAUCUCAUUUUACUUGCUCUGCAAACUGAAACUGCCAAAUGUCAGGAGAAGAUAUCCGAGCUUCAGCGUCAUUCUCAGGAAAUUCUGUCAUUGAGGCUGAAACGAAGGGAAGCUCAAGCAAAUCAUCUACCGGUCCCGGUUCUUUCGGCGGCCACUGUAGGAACUCUUCAAUCCUUAGUUUCAACACAGUUUUCUUUCAUUGCCAGCAGCCCAACUCCAAUGAUAAAGUCAUCUGCAUAUCCACCUAGCAGUGGCGCCGCUUCUGUCUCACGUAAGAAACCCGGCCGUCCUGCCAGAGCUUACCAACAACAAGUCUCAGGAUUACCUGGAGGACUGCGUAUUAACAAUGUUGCCACGGAGAUAUCAUCUCAGGAGCGAGAACUGAAGCAUGAAAUGAGUGCGCCGUUGAGUAAAUCUUCUUCCCAUCAACGGCAGGUCCAAAAUUCGGUGCAUGUGUCUACUCCAGUUGUACGUUCGACGACAGCGGUUCCACCUCAGGAAACACCUCAAAAAUCUUCUGAACAAAGUAUACAGGCGUCAGUAGCGCGUAAACGUGGUCGGCAACCUGGCUCUAAAAACAAACCCAAAAUAGAUGCGACGCAGUCUGGUAUGCCGGUUGCUGAUGCUGCACCGCGGCAUUCUGGAUCAAGAAAGGUGCGUGAAGAUUAUGACUUCGAUUCGGAGGAUGAACGCACUGCAGAGCCAAUGAGUUAUGACGAAAAGAGACAACUAUCAUUGGAUAUCAACAAAUUGCCUGGUGAUAAGCUCAGCAGUGUCGUUAGCAUCAUUGAAUCUAGAGAACAGCUUCCGGGUUUUAAUCCGGAAGAAAUUGAAAUUGAUUUCGAAACCCUUAAGCCGACUACGCUGCGUGAGUUGGAAGCAUUUGUUGCUGCAUGCUUGAAGAAAAAACCAAGGAAACCAUAUACACCGAAGUCGCAGAAAGAAGUCGAGAUUAAGAAACGAGAAUUGGAAGAAAAAAUCAAAGGCUUGGGCGGAAUGAUCACUUCAACACCUAUAACUUUAACACAAAACGGUGCACGAACAGAACCGAUAACCACGGGUAAAAGCGGUGAUCCAUCGUCUUCAGAAUCCUCUUCAAGCGAAGAUGAUUCAUCAUCGGAUUCGUCAUCUUCGGAUUCCUCAGAUAGUGAAUCAGAGACUACAGGUAAUACAAAAGUGGAACAUCAGGAACAGCGAACAGGUGUUGAAAAACCACAAGGUCCUGGACAUGCAACAGAAAAGAAGGAAACAUCACCAACUGCACCAUCUGCAAACAGUCAGCAGCAGCAGCUUGGUCCCGUGUUGCAGCAUCCUGCAAAUCAUUUUCAGUUUGGGGAUGUUAAAGAAGAGCAAGUGGAUUGUGGUAGCAGUGCUUUGGCAGUGACAGGAAAUCAACUUGUUACUCUGAAUACGAAUAGUGCGAUAUCUGUUGCGUCGCAAGUGCAGCAGGGACAAUCGCAAAUUUCUGGAGGAUCAAUACUUGAUCAGUUGUUACCGGCAAAACAAAAUGAAAUGGAGGACAAGACUGGUGUAAAGAAACUGUCUGGAUGGGAUACUUUGGCAAAGAAAAGCCAGAGUGGUAGUCUGAACAUGCAAACAUCAACGCAGUUUGAGUUAUUUCGAAAGCAUGCCAGAGAAAAGGAAGAAAAGCGUAAACAGCUGCGAGUGGAGGAGGAACGAAGGCGUCGUUUAAAAGAACAAGAAGAAAAAGAACGUGCCAAGGACCAGGCUGCAGCUGAGACUGCUGAACUGGAGCAGAGACGACAAAAUGAACUUUUGCGUCAGAAAGAACAAGAAAGGCGACGUCGAGAAGCGAUGAGUACAGGUGGCGAUGUUACCAGCCAGAUGGAUUUAAUGCUCAAUUUUGAAGCUAAUUUCUAG